AUGAUCACUCUCCAGAAGAAAAUCGUGGUCAUUCCAGUCGUCGACACCGAGACGAUCGCCCUUCAGAAGAAAAACGCCGUCAUUCCAGUGGUCGACACAGAGAUGAUCGCUCCCCAGAAGAAAGGGAUCGUCCCAGGGGACGGGACAGAGUCAGAGAACAUAGUCGCCCCCGAUACGCCACCUGAAGAAGAAGGAGGUGGUGUCGUCUCUGGUGGUGGCGAAGAUGGUGGUGCUGGUGGCGGCGAUGAUCGUGGCGGAGGACGUGGUGGACGUGGCGUCCGCUCUGGUCGCGGCGGUCGAACUCGUCAAACGCCAGAGCAGCGCAAACUCGAGCGUAUCGAGCAGCACGAUCUCGUCAUCUCUCGCGGCAUAGACCAGCACGGGGACAAGUUGAAGAAGCAGGGCAGCACUGGCAGACAGGUGAACCUUUUAGCGAACUACUUCGUCCUCCAGAAGAGGACUGACUGGGCGAUUUACCAUUAUCACGUCGACUUUCUCCCCGAAGAGAGGAACACGCGGGUUAAGAAGACUCUCCUCCGAGCCCAUCAAACCGUUCUCGGGGCGUAUAUUUUCGACGGGAGCUCUCUAUACUUGUCACACAGACUUUCGCCAGAGCCCCUCAUUCUCUCCUCGUUACACGUCAACGGAACGAUGGUGGAACUUUCCGUCCGCCUCGUCGCCUCCUUGGAUCCUACGGACGUCGUAUAUUUGCAAAUUUACAACAUCAUCGUUCGCAAAUGUCUCGAAUUCAUGGAGUUGGAGGAACUCGGUCGCCACUUUUACGAUCGGCAUCAGGCCAUCAAGAUCGAGGCGCAUCGGCUCGAGCUCUGGCCUGGGUAUAAGACGUCGAUGCGAAAUCAUGAGCGCGGUGUGUUGCUCGGGGUGGAAAUUACGCACAAGGUCCUCAGGACGGAUAACUGUUUACACGUCAUGACCCGGUUGAGGGGAGAGCAGAAUUAUCAACACGUCAUCAAGGAAGAAUUAGUGGGCGCCGUCGUGAUGACGCACUAUAACAGAAAAACAUACCGCGUCGACGACAUCGACUGGGAUAACAGCCCCAUGUCAACCUUUGACAUGAAAGGGGCUGCCGGAAGUGCCGGAGUUGGCGGAACUGUCACAUUUGUUGACUAUUUUGCUCAAAAGUAUGGACUUGUCUGCACCGACAUGCGGCAACCGAUGCUGGUGUCCCGUCCGAAGAAGAGGGAUUACCACAGGGGGCAAAUUGGGUCGGUGCUCCUCAUCCCGGAAUUUUGUCAAAUGACCGGACUCACGGAUGAGAUGCGGUCCAACUUCCAAUUGAUGAAGUCUCUCACGGGGUAUUUGCACGUCAGUCCGGAGCGGAGGGUGGAUGCGGUGAGGAAGUUUAUGGCGAGGUUGAAGCGAGCUCCGGGGGUGGACGAAGAACUGAGUCGGUGGGGGCUGAAGUUCGACAGUGACCUCGUCCGCGUGCAGGGUCGCGUCGCGGACAGAGAACGAGUCAUGUUUGGGCUGAAUCAAUUUGAAACAGUGGGGGACAGGGCGGACUGGAACUCUGCGUUUAGAAAUCACGAAAUGGCGUCCACCGUCCCUCUCAAUUACUGGGCGGUCAUCGUGCCCCAGCGAAAUGCUCAACCGAUUGAUGAACUCAUUACAAGAAUGCAGCGAGUCGGAGCGCCCAUUCGAUUCAGGCUGGCCAAUCCGAGAGAAGUGAUACGAAUUCCCGACAUUCGCAUCCCCACUUACUUGGCAGCUAUCGACAAAGCCAUGGCUAACCAGAAGGGGAAACUCCAGCUGCUCUUCAUCGUCCUCCCCCGACAAGUCACGGACAUUUACGCCGCCUCCCGUCGCAAUGUUUCGUCGCUAAGAAUGCUGCCAAUCCGAGAGGUUGUAGUGGUGCAGAUUAACGCCAAGUUGGGAGGAGAGCCGUGGUUCGUGCAGAUCCCGUUGAAGAGAUUAAUGAUUGUCGGCUUUGACGUUUACCACGGCGGCAAGCGGAAGGGGGCCAGUGUGGGCGCUAUGGUGGCAACGACGAGCGAAACGCAGGCGAAAUAUUUCAGCACGAUUUCUGAUAUUUUUUCGAAAAUUGUCCACUUUUUCCUCUCCUCAGAGUGUCUGCACGCUUUCAACAGUGUAAACAAAGCUCUGCCCGACAGGAUCAUCAUGUAUCGCGACGGAGUGGGUGAAGGGCAGUUGAAUUUCGUGUUUGAAACGGAAAUUAGGCAGAUUCGGAACGCGAUGGAGCUAGUUUACACAUCUGCUGGGCGACCUCUCCCCAAGUUCACAUUCAUCGUCGUAACGAAGAAGAUCAACACGCGAAUCUUUGCGAAUCCUAGUCCCUGCCGGUUUGAGAAUCCCGACGCUGGAACGAUUGUUGAUGACGCUAUUACCCUGCCAGAGAGGUGCUACUACUGCUUUAAUGUGGAUUAA